UACCUACCUACAAUGGCAUCGGCCGCGCCCAUCGUCCGCCGCGCCCUGCUCUACGUCCCCGGCUCUUCGAAAAAGAUGCUGGACAAGUCGCGCGGCCUCAACGUCGACUGCAUAGCCUACGACCUGGAAGACUCGGUCACUCCGGGGAAAAAGGCAGAGGCGCGCUCGAAUUUGCGCCAAUUGCUCGAACAGCCGCGCGCGGCCGGCAUCCGCGAGCAAGCCGUGCGCAUCAACUCUGUAGACAGCGGCUAUGCACUCGAUGAUUUGACUGAAGUGCUCAAAGCCCCCAACGUCGAUGCCCUCGUGAUCCCCAAGGUCAAUUCAGCCUCGGACCUGCAUUUCGUGACGGACGUGAUACGGCACACGCUGCCGCAGCGGCACCCAACUUCGCCCACGCCGCCAUCGACGCCAGGCUCGCAGCAGCAGCAACCGCUCCGCCUCAUUGCGCUCGUCGAGUCGGCCAAAGCCCUCAUGGACCUCUCCUCCAUCUGCAAAGCCACGCCGUACCUGUCGGGCCUCAUUUUCGCGGCCGAAGACUUUGCCCUCGACCUCUCCAUCACGCGCACGCCGUCGCUGAGCGAGUUCCUGUACGCGCGGUCCGCCAUCGUGACGGCGUGCCGCGCGCACGGCCUGCCCAGCGCCAUCGACCUCGUCUGCACGGCCUACAAAGGCGACGAGGGGCUGCGGACGCUCGCCGACGAGUGCGCCGACGGCAAGCGCCUCGGCUUCAACGGCAAGCAGCUCAUCCAUCCGUCGCAGGUCGACGUGUGCCAGGAGACGUUUUCGCCCGCCCGCCGCGAGACCGAGUGGGCGGUGAGGAUCCUGGUGGCCGACGAGAAGGCGGUUGCGCAGGGGAGGGGCGCUUGGACGCUGGAUGGGAAGAUGAUCGAUGCGCCGGUUGUGGGGAAGGCGAGGGCGAUCGUGCAGAGGGCGGAGCUGUGCGGGGUCGAUGUGGGGUCGUUGUGGGAGGAAUGGGCGGGGCAGGAGCCCGAGUAGGUACCUAGGACGGUUUGAUUACGGGACUGCUAGGGACAGUUGCCAUCUGGGGGAAAGGAAAUCCCGUCAGAGAGUGAGUGUCUGGAUGCAACCGUGGGCCCUGCAUGCUAGACGAGAUAUCGGAUAUCGGAGUAGGUUUCAAGUGGGUUUGCUUGACCGUUGUUCUUUUGCAGCAACCCCAUUUGGGCAUUCAUCUAUCCUCUACAUGUCAUUUGUUUCCUUGUACCGCAUUGAAGUACAUGAAAAGGCAGG